UCUUUUCCCUCUACAACCAUUGGUGUGUACAAAUUAACGUACAAUCUCUUGCUUUUCGUCACUUUGAUUUACGUUAAACAGGUGAGGCGCUGGGAUUAUACUGGAAAUAAGAUUUGACCUGGAUUGACAUAACGCUCAGGUGAAUCGGAACGGAAGCCAUUUUUAGUCAAGGAAAACAACACUAGGUCUACAGUGCGCCGACGUGCAGUCUUGUUAUAACACUCACUGGAGGAUGGUGUGAUGUUGUGCGUUAGGUUGUUGGAUUAAGUGAUUAAAUUUAAAUAACCAGCAUGUUUUCACGAAGUGUGACAAUUAUUCUCGGACUCUGUUAUGUGGUAUGCACGUUACUACAAAUAACAGGGUUUGCUACCCCGGCCUGGGUAGUUAGCGAUUACAAUGGAGAAAUUUACGAAUCCAAUGGACUGUGGUAUUGUAUUUCAUGUCGAGAUGGUGGUGAAUGCGAGGCAAAAACUUAUCAGGAAAUUCACAAAGAGUAUAAAACAGCGGCAGGGGAUAUGGUAUAUGCUGACCAAGUGCGAGAGAUUGUGAUAGCGACAUUGUCUGUGGCUUCAGCCUUGUUUGCAUGUGUUCUUCUUCUCAUCAACAUAUGCGUGAAAUACCAGCGACCAGUUCUCUCUCUUGUAUCCAUUCUGUUCACCUUUGUUUCAGCCUCGCUAAUAUGGACUAUAAUCGCUUCGACUUUGGUGCCAAUCGCAACAGAGCAGACGAAGACAUACGGAUUCCCUUACUCAUUGUUCCUGUCGGCUCUCGGCUCUUUUGGGUCAUUAGUACUUGCAAUUAUUUACUUGAUCAGACUGUUGCAGGUCAUGAAUGCUCUUUCGCCCACCUAUCAACCUCUCUAAUAAAGAGCCAAUUAUGAUGUUGAAAAAAAAAAAUAAAAUGGAGCAACAUGACAGAGGAGUGUUUGAUUUUGUGAUAUAAUUUUUAUAUCUAAAAUGUUCCAUAUCAAGAAUACACACAAUCGAUGUAUUUAUUAAUCCACGUUUUGUUCGUUUAUUACCUUUGUACAACUGUAUAUAUUCUUUACCCGUUUUGUCUACUAUUAGUUUAUCCUGCUGUUAUAAAUUAACUAUAUAAUACAAA